UUCUGGUCAAGUUUCAGACUUUUACGGAAAACUCAACUUAUGAAUUCUAAUUUCACUGGAAAAGAAGAAUCGAUCUGAGCCAUGAUGAGUGGGACUGUUACCGAUAAUAAUACUCCAACUGCUACAAAACCGGAGGAUCUCGCAGGACAAGUGUUAGAUCUAGAUGAGGACGACGACUUGGAAGUUUUCAGUAAGGACGCAACCUUCAUGGACGGAAGCUCUUUUAAUUCCCCAAUGCCAACCUCCCCUGGCUCCAUGGUCAACCAGUACAAGUUUGAGGAGGAGGAGGAAGUGCCCGACACUAAAGACAUUUUUGUUACAGUCGAUAAGCCUGAGAGCCAUGUGACUGCCAUUGAGACGUUUAUUACGUACAGGGUUUUAACGAAGACCAGUCGCAGUGAGUUUGACUCAAGUGAGUAUGAAGUCCGCAGGCGCUACCAAGACUUCCUGUGGUUAAAAGGCAAGCUGGAGGAGACUCAUCCCACUCUCAUUGUUCAUCCGCUGCCAGAGAAAUUUGUGAUGAAGGGAAUGAUGGAGCGGUUCAGUGACGACUUUGUUGAGACGAGGAAAAGAGCACUGCACAAGUUCCUCAACAGGAUAGCCGACCAUCCCGUUCUCUCGUGCAGUGAGGAUUUCAAGAUCUUUCUCACAGCAGAGGAGCUAGGCACUCAUAAGAAACAAGGGCCAGGUUUCCUUAGCCGCAUCGGAGACACAGUGCGGGCAGUAGCAGCCUCUGUCCGUGGGGUACGAACACGUCCAGAGGAGUUCAUAGCCAUUCAGGACUACGUGGAGGCCUUCAGUCAGAAGAUGACCUCUUUGGACAAAGUCACCCAAAGGAUCAUCAAAGAACAGAAGGAGUACUCGGAGGAACUUGGGGAAGGCUCACCCGUCUACACCAAGUGGUCAGACAUCGAGGACGAGCUGAUGGUGCCACUGAAGCUGAUGGCCAGCUGCCUAGACAGGUGUCACCGGGAGAGCGAGGAGCAGGUCCUACAGCUCAGCAACAGCUUGCUCCCAACCCUGCAUGAGUAUGUGCUUUGCACAGAUACUCUCAAGGCAGUGCUCCGAAGACGAGACAACAUCCAGGCAGAGUUGGAGGCGAAGACUGAAACUCUUGCUGGCAAGAAGACAGAAGCAGAAGCAGAAGUAGAGUCAAAGGUCCUGAGUUUAGCAUGGGACAGCCUGGUGGGCAAAGACCCAGACGAGGUCAGACAGCAGAGACAGCAGAAGCUUAAAGGAGAGAUGAAAGAGAUAAAGGAAGAGAUUGAUAAGAUGGAUGACCGGCUGGAGUGGGCCAAUAAUGCGUUGAAGGCAGACUGGAACCGCUGGCAGGAGAGAAUGAGGGCUGACUUGAGAUCAGUUUUUAACCGCACUGCAGAGAAGAACGUGGAGUACUACGAAAAGUGUCUGGCGGUGUGGGAGUCAUUCCUGCUGUCUCAGAAGACUGAGGACAGUGAAGGAGACAACAUAUUAGACUCCUAAUCUUCCAUGAUGCACUUAGCCAAUCAGUUUUGACCAAAGACAAGUUUUUACUUGACAGUCUUGAAGCUUCAGAUGUACACUACACCACUCCCAGAGUGGCCACAGUAUGGAUUCAAUUGUGCCAAUUUCCUAACUGGUCCAAAGAUAGAAGAUGUGUUGUCCAAUACUGAAGUAAGACUGUCUGAGACGAACCUGUUUGUGUAGCUUUGUAGAAUACAAGAAAAAAGUGGCAAAUGUUUUAUGAUUGUGGUUAAUUAUAACCACCAAACAUGGAUAUUUGGUUUUUAGAUUUGAAAAUACAUUUAAAUUAUUGUAUUAUUAUUAUUAUUAUUAUUAUUAUUAUAGAAAACCUCAAUGGAUUUACCAUAAUUUGGGUGCCAUUAGAUCAUGGCUUUAUUCAUAUGAUUUGAUUGUUUGGCUAUAUGAUUCACAGGGAUGUUUGGGGCAAGUUUUAUCUAUAUGAUUCACAGGGGUUGUUUGAAAAAUGCAUGAUAACUGGUAAUUUAGCAAUGAGAAAUUAAGUUAGUCCAGCAUUUACAUAAUCUGAAAAUACGCAUUUUAUGGUAUUAUACUGCACCUUUGAUCAUUUUAAUACAUACAUGUGAUACAUAUGGGAUUACUGGGUUAAAUGCAAGUUCUUUGUUCUUUUUUUUAAUUUCUUCUACUAUCUGAAGUUGAUCUCCUAUUUGUUUACAUUAUUAAAAUACUCAAGUUUUGCUACUAUGGAACUGAAAUAAAAACAUUUUAUGGAAUAAAAAAGUGUAAAUAGUAUUAUAUGACAUGAUGUUUAUGUAUGGUGUUCCAUUUAUAUCAUGUUAUCUUAAUUGUGUGCUGUAUAAAUUAUAACGCAUUGCUUGUUUUCUUUAUUUGUAGAUGUAUCUUCAUUUGGCUAUAAAGAGAAUGACAAAUUGGAAACGGGGAAAAGGCUUUUUGUGGUAGAUUCAUGUGGCUCAAUACUGAUUUCUUUGUCCUGGGAUUUUCCCUUC